GUUAGCUCACACGACUCAUCCAUCUGAUCUGAACAAGUGGUAAUAGGAAGCAGAAAAUAUUACUGUAAUAAACUAGGAGGCGGCCAUAGCUUUCCAUCCAUGUCACCGGCAAUAACUCCCUGCCGUGCGCGGCUGACACUGUCACCGGAAGAGGGAUGCUGAAGCCUUCCUAAAUACGCCUACCCACCCUCGGCCGGCCUCAAUUAUACGGGGAGGCCCGGGCUCUGAGGGUAUGUAAAUGCGGUCGUCGUCGUCUUCCAAAUCACAGCUCGGGACAGCGACGAGGAGGAGGAGCAGCAGCAGCGGGGGCGGCCUGCCAUGUCGUCUUCGUCCGCGGCGCGGCACGGCCCGUCGAGGGCCGGCGAGGCGUGGUUCUGCACCACCGGGCUGCCCAGCGACGUCGUCUUCGAGGUGCAGGACAUGAGCUUCCACCUCCACAAGUUCCCGCUCAUGUCCAAGAGCCGCAAGAUCAGCCGCAUGCUUGCCGAGCAGGACGAGCAGCGGCGGCCGCGGCGUGGGAGCUCCGGAGGCAAUGCCGAGGAGCAUGCUGCGGCGGAAACAGAGAUUGAGGAAGCAGAGGAGGAGGAGGAGGAGGAGGAGGAGGAGGAUGACGGGGACGAGCAGCAGCCGCAGCAGGUUAGGAUGGAUGACGGCAAGUCGUACCGCAUCACCUUCCCGGACUUCCCCGGCGGGCCGGGCACCUUCGAGACCGCGACCAAGUUCUGCUACGGCGUCCGCGUCGAGCUCACGCCCUGGAACGUCGCGCCGCUGCGGUGCGCGGCGGAGUACCUGGAGAUGACGGAGGAGCACUCCGAGGACAACCUGGCCGCGCGCGCCGAGGCCUACCUCUCGCAGUCCGUGCUCCGCCACCCCGGCGAGGCCACCAAGGCGCUCAAGUCCUGCGAGGACCUGCUGCCGCACGCCGAGGACCUCGGCAUUGUUGCCCGCUGCGUGGACGCCAUCGCCGCGCGCUCCUCGGCGACGUCGCGCUCCUGGUUCGGCGACCUGACCGUGCUCGGCCUACACAUGUACAAGCGGGUGAUGGCGGCCAUGGCCGCGCGCGAGGACGUGAGGACGGAUGCUUUGGAGGGCUGCCUCGUGUCCUACGCCAAGGCCACCCUCCCGGGGCUGUCGAGGUCCAUGAGGUGGCGCCGCGCGUCCGCGCCGGUGUCGUCGGAGGUGGAGCAGAGAGACCUCCUGGAGGCGGUGGUCGCGAGCCUCCCCACGGACAAGGGCUCCGGGAGCGUGGUGACCGCGAAGUUCCUGUUCGCGCUGCUGCGGACGGCGCACAUCCUGCGCGCUUCGGACGCGGCGCGCGCGGCAAUCGAGCGGAAGGCCGCGACGCAGCUGGAACAGGCAACGGUGGAGGAUGUGCUCAUCCCGAGCUACUCCGGCGCCGCGGAGACGCUCUACGACGUGGACUGCGUCGAACGGGUGGUCAGGCACUUCCUAGCCGAGGAGGAGGUCGGCGAGGACGAGGCGUCGUCGUCAGCUGCAAUCACCGAGGAGGAAGCGGCGGCGAGGACGACGGCCUCGCGUCCGUCGGCCGUGGCAAUGGUGCAGGUGGGCAAGCUGGUGGACAACUACCUCGCAGAGGUCGCGUCCGACGCCAACCUGAAGCCAGCCAAAUUCUGCGAGCUCGCGCUGGCAAUGCCGGACCACGCCCGCAUCUACGACGAUGGCGUCUACCGCGCCGUCGACAUCUACCUCAAGGCGCAUCCGCGGCUGACGGCGGAGGAGCGGGACAGGGUGUGCGGCGUGGUGGACUGCAGGAAGCUGACGGUGGAGGCGUGCACGCACGCCGCGCAGAACGAGCGGCUCCCGCUGCGCGCGGUGCUGCAGGUGCUCUUCUUCGAGCAGCUGCAGCUCCGGCGCGCCAUCUCGGGCACGCUGCUGGCGUCCACGGCUUCCCCGCGAGCGCGGCAUCCGAAUCCUCAGCCGCAGCGGCCGGCGGCGGUGGCGCUGCGCCACGCCGCUGGCCCGAGCGAGGCGUGGCGGACGACGACGGUGCAGGAGAGCCAGACGCUGCGGGUGGACAUGGACGGCAUGAGGACCCGCGUGCAGGGGCUGGAGAGGGAGUGCUCCAGCAUGCGGAGGGCGAUCAAGAAGAUCGACGGCCGCAGCGGCGCCGCGUCGCCCGGCAGCGCCAGCCCGGACGCCACCGCCCCGGCGGGCUGGCGGUCGCGGUACCGGUGCAAGUUCAGCACGCAGGUGUGCGACUCUCAAGCGCGCGACGCGGUCGUGUCCAGGGCGUCCAGGAUGGGGAUGAGCCCAUGACCGAACCAUGAUUGGCGCCAAAUCUCCCAUCCCGUUCGAACGCGACAUGUUUCACGAUCAGAGAAGAGCUCGACACUCGAGAUGAAAAUGGUUCCAAGAUGUCACGGCUAGCCAGACGAGAGAGAGUGAGGACCCGAGAUCGAGCGCGGCAAAAAUUUCUCACCCCUUGUCAUCUCGUGACCACUGCCAGUUGCGUGGGCAGCAGCAACAGGGGUCGUUCAUGUGCCGUGUCUGUACGAUAUGCUUAGCUUGUGUGCGUUGUGAUUAUGGCCUUUGCAGCUUGUAAUGUGGUGGCAGUUUAUACGGCAUUGGUGUCCUGUUGUGCA